AUGCGAUGCGCGAGCAAGGCCGCCGAGAGCGCGUCUGCACGUCUCUGUGCGGACGCCGAAGCAGAAACUACAGCAACUGAUAUCCCAUCGGUUGCUGAAUCGACUCAGCCUGUAUCACCUGGUGAUGCAGGCGCUGGUCAUGAAGACACUCGUGUCUUCACAGAGUACGAGCUCGGUGUCUCGUACUCUCCUGAUACGGAUGACGGAUCCGUAUCGACGGCAAUUGAAUCCAAGCCGCCUGCCAAGCGUGGCAUGGACGAUGCUUUGCGUCGCAGCAUCUUUGGUUCAUCUGAUGAGUCAGAUGAACCAUCGCCGAAGCGAAGGCGCUCGAGGUCGCGAGACUCGGGCGCUAAUAGUGGUGUCGUUUCUCCAAUGGACACCACUUCACAGCGAGGUGCCAGUACUUCUGUCGGCACGUCGCAGGAAGAGCGGGACCGCAAUGUGUUGCGUCUCGCUCCAGAAAAGAAGGCAUGGAUGCCUCCUAAAUCUGUCAUGGAUCACUUGUCGGCGACGACGAGUGAUCGUUAUCGAACACGAUUGUUCGAUUCGUCAAGGAUCCAUCACUUGACCCCAGCGCGAAAGACUAUCGCGCUGAACAUGAGUUCUUCAUCGAUGCUUUCUUCAGACAUCGAUGGUACAGUGGGAAUCACAAACGUGAUGGUCCCUCACUACUUCAGGCGUGGAACGCCUACAUCCAUAAUCUCGAGGAUGUAG